AACCCGUGCGUCAUCCACAUCACCACAGUAUUUCUGCGGCGUGGGUACACAGACAACCCUAACUCCUCAUCGUACAUUCAUGUAGAGCAUUUAAAUAAUGAACCUUCGCAUAUUUAUCUUAUUGAAGAAGGACUAGCGCUCUGGGUUGCCGUUGUGGAAAAUUCAACUGUUAUGUCACCGCAGCUCCUGGCGUUAUGCAAAAAUCUCUUGCCAAUUAUUGAAAUGUCAUCAGAAAAUUUACGAAUAGUAUUGAUUCUUAUACAAGCAUAUAUUCUUUUGGACUCACACACAUUUCUUGAACGCUAUGGCAAGGAGUUUGUUCAAUUUUGUACACGCAUGUUUGACGAUUUACGACCGGAAGGUAUAGCUUUGAUGCUGAAGGUGUUUGAAACAUGUCUGAAAUCAGAUGCGAACUACGGAUUGGAAUUAGUGCGGCCUGCCUUGCCUUAUAUUUUCAAGCAGGUUUACCUGGACAAAGAGUUUCCUAUGCUUAUGUCAAUGUAUUUAAUGAUGGUUGCAAGGGUACUACUUAUCAGCCAAUCUGUAUUUACCGCAGUGUUGCAGGAACUACAACUGCCGAAUGCAUUAGAAACUAUACUUGACGUGUGGAUACGCAAGAUGCCACUAGUGACAGAAGUCGAAAAGCGAAAGCUCUUUGCACUUGCGUUUGCAUCGAUAUUCACCAAUGACCAAAUUUUACUAGAACGUUUUCCAGGAAUUAUGCAAAAUAUUGGUGAUACUCUUAUGGAUGUAAUGCGGGAGGAAGACGACGAAUUAGAUACCAUAGAUAGUAUCGAUACGGUGAAUAUUCCACCCCGUCCAGCUGGUGAGAAGCCAAUGAAGUUCUGCGACUCUUUGGUUUUCCUCGAUGAACAUGAUUUGGAUACAAGCAGUUAUUGUAUAAUGGACGAUUUUGACUACAAGACUUACCACUACGAUCGCUGCAGACAAUUGUCCCUUAAAGAUCCAGUGCAUAAGAUUGUGCUUACCGAAUACUUGGAAUGGCAACUGAAUACGUUGCGGACGCAAAUGGGGGAGGACGCGUAUCAACAGUUGAUGCAGUGCGUUUAUCCGGGAGUAUUGGAGAAGGUUGGGAAGUUUGUUAAACUGAAUUUAAAUUUUCAGCCUAACUGAAAUAGAUUAUUAAAUAACUAUGAACCUCUUGCAAUAUUACCUACACGAAUAGCCUUUAACCCAAAGCAUAACGAAGCGAGUCACUAAUUUUCUACUUCAAUUAUAAAACUGGGAAACAGAAAUAAUUUCUGUAUCUAUUACCCGAUAUAAAAUUAAAUUACUGGAAAUAUUUUUUGUUUGUUUUUACAAUAAGAUUUCCUUUAAGUAUUCCAAAAAAAAACGUACCCCCCUAUUAUGGAUUCGUACGAUUCACGAUAAACGCUUGCAUUCUGUUAUUCUCUAUUACGCAAUGAGGUUGUCGUAUGAAAUCCGAUUGUAAGCGUAGCUGAUUUGUGCUGGUUCACAAUAAAAAGUGAUCAAAACCCACAGCCAGUCACAAUACUGUCGGGCAUAUGAACACGAUUAUACGAGAACUGUUUCCAUACGAUACGCUUGCAAGCGUUUAUCGUCUAUCAUAUGAAAAUUCAUAAUAGGGGGAAAUUAAACAGAAAAAAGAAUGCGAAGCAAUUUGCAACUGAUUGUUUUGCUUAAUGAAGCAAGAAACUAAAUAAAAGUAAAAAAUCAAACACAGAA